GCGGGCAGUGUAUCCUGUAGAAUCAUGUACGAUUCGCUCGCGCUGCUGCUGCACAGGCUCGUGCUCUUCUCCGACUUGAGCGCGCUCAAAAGCGCGUGGCCGUGGCAGGGGGCGCGAGAAAGCGCGGCCCCGACACCACCACCUUCUCUUCUUGCAGCGCACGCGCUCCCGUUGUGCCGCGGGGACAUGCUUGAGGUGCCGCGCACGCUUUUCGUGCACUUCGGUAUCUAUCUCGGGGACGACCGCGUGGCGCACCUCGUGCCCGACAUCCUGCCCGUGCUUACCGGAGAGCGCGCGCUCACCGCGGUCACCAACGCGCGCCUCGUGCUCGGCUGCAUGUGCCGGCGCGCGAGCGUACGUGUGGAUUCAGUGGCAGACUUCGCGUACGGCGCCACGGUGCGCGUGAACGCGAUGGACUACAGGCUCUCCGACGUGCGCGCCAUGGAGGGAGAGGAGGUUGCGCGAAGGGCCGAGAGGUGCGUAGGUCACGUGACCUACAGCCUGCUGUGGAAUAACUGCGAACACUUCGUCACGUCCUGUCGGUACGGUACACCUGUGAGCCUGCAGACCGACCAGUUCUGUAGUGGAGUGAAGGCGGUUGUUCGGGAUCAGAGGAGCGUCCUUCUCUCUCUCCUCCUGGGUCUCAUCUCCAUCAUUUACUUUGGUCUGGUACCAGCGACAACGUUACCCACGAUCCUCAUCUCCUUCACGUUAUGGAUGGCCGGCUGAGGUGACACGCACAAAAUCCAUUGGACUACAUGUGGUAGAGACGUUCUGUGUCCUCGCGUCACACUUCAGUCUUAUCCUGUGUUCCAGUACUGUUUACUUCUGUUCACUUCCUCUAAACACUUUUUAAUGCACACAAGAAACACAUGAUCGAGGGCUUUUCACUGCGAGUGCACGUCCCUUUAAUACGGGCAGCGUUUCAUUACAGGUGACUAGUGUACCUAACGAGUGUGCUCACUAGCUGCAGUGUUGACUUGCUGAACAAAGUGUGUUUAAAAUGAUUGUUUUUCUCAGAACUGAUUAAUCUGCUAUUUUUCCUGUUGUGAAAAGACUGCAGUGCAUUCUGGGAAAAUUACACACACACACACACAGAGUGACUUUCUCAGGCUGUGUAACAUAUUGGAGCCCUUAUGUGGUGAGGGGAAGUGAGCAAGUGCACAUAAACAGCUAUAACAGUAGUGGAAUACGGCCAAUAUUUAAAUAAUAUACAGAAUAGUCAAGUCUUUACUGAACUGUUUAUAGUUAUAUACAGUGUAAUGAUGAAUUUCACAUAGUGUUUGUGUGUGUGUGUGUGUGUACAAUGUUAUAUAUAAUUAUUACUCAGUUUUUAAGCACAGAAGCAGAUCUGUGUUCUAGUUUAUAAGCUGAAAAUUUGUGUACAAUAAAAAAAAAAUUUAGAAUCUAUUUUGAGUAUAUUUACAUGUUUUAAACUGAAUACAAACUACUGAUACUCAGCGUUACUGAAAAAGUGUUACUGAGUUUAAAGUGUGUACAUCUGUCUAAUAUGAAAAUCUUCAUCUGGUUUUAUUUGUUUUGUUUUUAUUCAUCACUUUAGUGACAUGGCUGCUUUAUCUAGCCAUAGAUUAAUCAGACCAAAUUCUAUUCAAAAUCAACAUGACUAUUAUCAUAUAAAAUAUUUAUUUUAAAAAAAUGCAUUUAAAUUACAUUUCUAUAAAAAGCUGUUAACAUACAGCACACAGAGUGACCAAUCAGAGUGCAACUGUAUAAAGCUGAGAUCUGUCCAUCGACCAAUAAAAUGACAGCAAUGCAUCAUGAAGCUUAUCCUCUCCACCAAUCAGCCGACAGAGAAAAAACUCAAAAAGACAAUUUAAUGAAAAAGGUUAUGCUUAAAGUUGUUAUCAGUUAUCAGAAAUCUGUUUCACCUAACACAGGUAAGCGUGGAGAUCAUCUGUGUGUGACCUUCCAAAAGAAUAACGUGACCUUUAUCCCUGACAAAAGUUAUUUCUUAUUAUUAUUCGGUAAUUUACAAUAUACUUGUUUAUAUAAACAUCUUCAUGGCUGACAAUCUGCAUUAAAACAUAAACAACCGAUUCAUUUGACUUUUCUUCUGAUAUGUUUGUAUCUCUUUACAUAAUGAACUAUAGUUAUAUAAUAAAAUAUAAUUAUAUAAUUAAA